CAAUUUUUGGUUAAAAGUAAAAAAAAUGUAAGUUUUUAUAUAUUUUAAUAUUGUAAAACAUUUUAUAUAUUUCAUGCUUCAUAUGGUCACUUUACUUCAAUAUUUCUAUUUCUAUUCUUCAAUAUUUCGUAGCUGAAAAUUUAUCUACUUGGAUAAUGUUAUAUUGUAUAAUCAUCAUAUGAUUACAUCAUAUGAUUCUAUAUGAUUGUUGAUUAUAUGAAAUUAGCAAACUUUUUAUACAUUAAACAUUUGAAUUAUUUUACGAUCUGUUACGGUCUAUUUUACUCGUCUUACCAUUUUACUCGUGUGCUACUUGUACUUGACGCAAAACACUAGCUUGUAUCUUUUGACAUAUUCGCUAAUUUCUCUUCUGAGAAAUGCUUUGAUGGAUAAUACGCUACUAUUAUACAGAAACAAUGUUAGCACAAACAAAGUUGCAAAAGAGAUAGAAAGUCUUUUGAGUAUUGAGAUGAAUAAGAGAAUACAAGCAAAUAAUUAUAUAAUUGCACCUAUAUCUUCAUGUAACUGUUUCGCUAGCUUUGUCGCAUCAAAAGGAAUCGAUAAGUGAGCCUCAGCAACAUGUGGAUAAUAAACGUUCACAAGGAAUCGUUGAUAUUCUUAGUUGAUAUCUUUACUACGCAAAAUGACGAACGAAAAGCAUGCUUGGCCAAGCCAGUAUUACACUAUCCCUAGAUUAUACCUGAGCUUAGCAGGAAUAUGGCCUUAUGGAAAACUUCGUAACAGAUAUAUGUGCUUCGUGCCAAUGUUUACGUGCUGCUUUAGUGUUGUGAUACCUCAGUCAUUAUAUAUAAUAAACAAUUCUCUGAAUAUCGAUGAAAUAUUCGAAAGUCUGCCAUCAGUAAUAAUCAGCAUAAUAUUCAGCUUUAAAGUAGCAAAUAUGAUGAUAAAUAACGAAAAAAUAAAGAUGUGUUUUGAAACGAUAAAAGCGGACUGGCUCUCGUUAAAUACAGAUAUCGAAAAAGCUAUUUUACAACGUCAGACCAUGUACGGACGACACAUGACGAUAUUUUACACAGUUCUCAUGUAUAUGACGGCAUUGUUUUACUUGAUUAAGCCAGUCAUUAUCACAUUGCUAGAAGAUGAAAUGGCGAAUACAACAAAGUCAAGAAUAUCGGGGAUAUCGAAAUUGCCGUUUCUUGUCGAUUACGGCGAAAAAUUAAAUUAUUAUUUUUAUCCGAUAAUGAUUCAUUGCUACUUAGGCGUAUUCGCUCAUAUCUUCUGUACAAUCGCAGUUGACACCUUGUAUUAUAUUUUAGUCCAGCAUGUAUGCGGAAUAUUUGCAAUUAUUGGACAUGCGCUAGAGAAUAUUAACGAAUAUACCGAUGCUACCGAUAAUCUUCAUUCACAAUUAAACACCACGCAAGAUGAUUAUAACAAAGCAUUAAAUUGCUUACGUAGGCAUUUGCAUGUGAUAGAAUUCGCAGAUCUAAUCGAGUCGAUGUUUACAAAGAUAUUGCUGAUCAGCGUUAGUUUAAAUAUGAUUUGUGGCAGUAUAUGCGGUAUACGUGUAAUAAUGAACUUAAGUAACGCGAGAGAUAUUGUGGCACCUUUAGCCAUUUACGUUGCGCAACUCAGUCACAUGUUUCUACAAUUUUGGCAAGCUCAAUUUUUGUUGGACUACAGUAUUAUUCCAUACGAAUCUAUUUGCAGAGCAAAGUGGUAUAAAACUUCAAUAAAAUGUCAAAAACUCCUUCUCUUAAUUAUGAAUAGAACUGUCUACCCGUGUAAAAUAACUGCUGGCAAAAUUUUGAUAUUAUCAAUCGAAAGCUUUGGCACAGUACUAAAAACGUCAAUGUCUUAUCUUACGGUGCUACGUUCCUUUCAGUAAUAAUCUCAUAACAUUCAAGUAGUUCUUACAUUGUUACAACUUUUCAUAAAAUAUGAUAAAAUUAUAUGCGAAAUUUCUCUAA